GCGGGUCAGAGACGGCGGCCGAGAGGCGGAAGUGGAGGUUGUUGUGGCUCGGCCGGCUGCGCGAGAGGGGCUGCCGCUGCUGAGGCGGCGGCCGCGGCUCUGUUGCGGUGGCGGCGCUGCCGACCGCGGGCCGCUCGGCCUCUGGGCUCGGCCCGCAGCCUUCCCACAGCCCACCGGGGCCCACGCCGACCAGCGCCUGUCCUAUGAGUGUGUCACUGGUGGUCAUCCGACUGGAGCUCGCGGGUCACUCGCCAGUCCCCGCUGACUUCGGCUUCAGCGCCGCCGCUGGAGAGAUGUCCGAUGAGGAGAUCAAAAAGAAGGCAUUGGCUUCAGCUGUUACCUGUCUUGAAGGGAAGUCGGCCGGGGAAAAAGCUGCAAUCAUCCACCAGCACCUUGGCCGUCGGGAAAUGACUGACGUGAUUAUCGAGACCAUGAAGGCCAGCACAGAUGAAUUAAGAGACACAACGGGAGAAAAGUCUUCAGCAGCCCCGGUCUCCGCACAGAGGAGCAGAGAGCAGAGUGAAGCUGUGAACCCAGCCCCAGAGUCUCCAUCCAAACAGCUCCCAGACCAGAUUUCCUUCUUCAGUGGCAACCCUUCGGUCGAAAUAGUCCACGGCAUUAUGCACCUGUACAAGACAAAUAAGAUGACCUCUCUAAAAGAAGACGUGCGGCGCAGUGCCAUGCUGUGUGUCCUCACCGUCCCUGCCACCAUGACCAGUCAUGACCUUAUGAAGUUUGUUGCCCCAUUCAAUGAUGUAAUUGAACAAAUGAAAAUCAUCAGGGACUCUACUCCGAAUCAGUAUAUGGUGCUGAUGAAGUUCAGUGCGCAGGCUGAUGCGGAUAGUUUCUACAUGGCGUGCAACGGCCGCCAGUUCAACUCAAUCGAAGAUGACGUCUGCCAGCUGGUCUAUGUGGAAAGGGCUGAAGUGCUGAAGUCUGAGGAUGGCGCCAGCCUCCCCGUGAUGGACCUGACGGAGCUUCCCAAGUGCACUGUGUGUCUGGAGCGAAUGGACGAGUCUGUGAACGGCAUCCUCACCACCCUGUGCAACCACAGCUUCCAUAGUCAGUGUCUGCAGCGCUGGGACGACACCACGUGUCCCGUGUGCCGGUACUGUCAGACGCCAGAGCCAGUGGAAGAAAACAAAUGUUUUGAGUGUGGUGUCCAAGAAAACCUCUGGAUUUGUUUGAUAUGCGGCCACAUAGGCUGUGGGCGGUACGUGAGUCGACACGCUUACAAGCACUUCGAGGAGACCCAGCACACAUAUGCCAUGCAGCUCACCAACCACCGGGUCUGGGACUAUGCUGGAGAUAAUUAUGUCCAUCGACUGGUUGCCAGCAAGACGGAUGGAAAGAUCGUUCAAUACGAGUGUGAGGGCGACACCUGCCAGGAAGAGAAGAUAGAUGCCUUACAGUUAGAGUACUCGUACUUGCUGACAAGCCAGCUGGAGUCGCAGCGGAUAUACUGGGAAAACAAAAUUGUGCGCAUAGAGAAGGACACGGCGGAGGAGAUUAACAACAUGAAGACCAAGUUUAAAGAGACUAUCGAGAAGUGUGACAGCCUGGAGCUCAGGCUUAGCGAUCUCCUGAAGGAGAAGCAGUCUGUGGAAAGGAAGUGUACGCAGCUGAACACCAGAGUGGCCAAGCUGAGCACAGAGCUGCAGGAGGAGCAGGAGCUGAACAAGUGUCUGCGCGCCAACCAGCUGCUGCUGCAGAACAAGCUCAAGGAGGAGGAGAAGCUGCGGAAGGAGACCUGUGCCCAGAAGGACCUGCAGAUCACUGAGGUCCAGGAGCAGCUGCGCGAUGUCAUGUUCUACCUGGAGACGCAGCAGCAGAUCAGCCACCUGCCUGCGGAGACGAGGCAGGAGAUCCAGGAAGGGCAGAUCAACAUCGCCAUGGCCUCAGCUCCCAACCCCACCUCCGGGGCCGGAGGGAAGCUGCAGUCCAGGAAGGGCCGCAGCAAGAGGGGCAAGUGACCUUCAGAGGCUUGUCCCUGAGACUUCCUGGGCGCCACAGGGUGUGCUGGGACCUUUGCUGAGCGGGAGGGGGGCCCUAAUAAGCACGUCUGAGGACGAACUGUGGUUGGUCGUGUGGCUCCUUCAUUUGUUGUGUGUGCUGUGAGGAGACUAAAGGAGGGGCAGACUUUGGCAGCACUUCCCAAGGGUGAGUCCCAGAGCUCAGACACCUCCCGCCAUUCUGCCUUCCAGCUGGGCAGCCCCAGGCUUGUGAGGGUUUCCAUUGUAUUUAUUCAGUUGGAGCACUUGCAGUUGGGUUCCAGGGUAAAUCUGUGACAUGAUGUGACCUUCCUAUCACUAAAGGAGUUCCAGCAGUACCUAGCACUAAAGCACAGGGCCUUCCAGAGACCCCAGCUGCCCUCAGGAGAGGCGCCUGCUGCCCACUGCCUGCCGCCCACUGCAGAGGCUCUCUCCUGCCGUCCAUCCCUCCCUUCCCCUGCAGAGAUGAAGAGCUGCUUGCCUUCCGAGAGAAGGGGCUAGGUUGUAAGCCAGUGCAGGCUUGUCCUGAGGGCAGGAAGAGCUAGCCAUUGGGGCAGAUAGGGUAGACCCGGUUAAGGAAGAUGGUGACAGCUCUCUUUAUUUCUGAUGACUCCAUACGAAACGUGCCUGUCAAAUAAGGAAAGCCUUAUUGGCUCCUCCUCAGCUCCGGAAACUGAGAGUGUCCUCCAUCCAGAAAGGAUCUAGGGGCAGGCCUAGCAGGAGGCCUUUACCAGCUGCUGUGUGUUGCUGGGGUCAGUGUGUGACUGUUCACAGGCAGGGCCACAUGCUCGGGUCGCAGCUAGAGGGAGCGUGGGCAGUCUUCAGUUACUCUCCUAUGAUAGUUUCAAAGGCUGCUUCUCAGUCCAGAAACCGGCCUCAGCAGGACCGCUUCCAAACAGCCAUACAAUACUUACUGUGACCAACAGAGGGGCUGUGUGCCUCUCUGAGCCAGGAACAUCAGAUAGCUUGUAACAAUUAAUUGAACAGAAUUGAGGGGACACCAUAUUGGGAUUUAGCUACAAGAAGAGCCUGGGCAGUUGAGAGCAGUGUAUAGUAGUAGUACAGUUUAAUUUUUUGCUUUAUCAUCAGCCAAAGGUUUAAAAUGUCACACUUUAGGGACUUCGUUUUUUCCGACUCACUGAACCUCGUCCUUUGACCGAAAUGUCUGACAUGUCACCAUGUUGCCUGUGUUGCUGAUCACGGUCCAAUUCUGUGGAAUGUGCUGUCGCAUUUCCCAAAACCCCACCUGUGACUGCAGAAUGAGUGUGCUCAGACUUAGACUCUGACUGGCUCGUCCUUAGGGCAGGCCAGCACUCCAGAGCCUCAGGCCUGAGCCACACAGGCACUGGAGCUGAGGCAGGAGCAGGGCCGCCUCGCCUCGUACAGAGCUUCUAUUUUAUCUAAAACCUAUUUUACACUGUUGCAGUCUUGCCGGCUCAGCCCUGCUCAUCUUGCACAUCUGACCUUGCAGAAGCCAGGGUGGGUGGUAGCAUGUGAAUUAAGAAAAUCGGAAGUCCUUUCCAAAGCUGCCUCCCCACCUCAUUACAACCCACCCAGCUGCCCUGCCAGAGGAGAGAGGGCAGUGCUUCACAGCACAGCUGGGAAAUGCCUGGGAAGGAAGCAGCCGUGGCAGAGGUUUCCAAACUACUUGAAGGUCUUUAAAAAUGUUCCAGGAAAACAAAAAUCAAGAUGUGUAAAUAAAAUGUUAUUUUAAAAGGUCAAA